AUGUCCAAUACACUCUGCUUCUGCGGACUCCUUCUAUCGUCCGUCAGCGAUCACAACGCCGUCGCAUCGCUCCACGCGCGGCUCCAGCAGGAUCGCUUUGCGAUCGUCCCGGCCUCCGAGCUCUGGCCUCUGCUUCUGGAGCAUGGUGCAACUGAGACCGGCCGUUCUCCCUUUGCUGGGUACUGGGACCUGGCGACACCUCAGCGCGACGAGCACGGGAUCGAGAUCUACCCUUACAAAGGCACCCUGACCAGCUACUACGCCAUGGACACGAGCAGGUCCGACGACGCACAGCGUUCAACUGCCGAGACGGAACCCGAGUUCCCGGGCCAUGUGGUCGAGCACAUCGACCCGACGACAGUCAACGGCGACAACGCGUCGUACUACCGGCUGCACCAGCAGUGGCCACUGUCUGCCGAUAGUAACACCGUCAUGCUGGCCGUGCAGCGCCUCGUCCAUCGGCUCAUGGCAGCCGGCGCGACCGGCUCGUUCCAUGCAAUGUUCUCUGCGUUCCGCGUGACUCGCAGCGAGACAGCGCUUGGUGAUCCGUCUCCCGAGGGCGUGCACCAGGACUCUGCGGUGCUCACCAUCGUUAUGCUGAUGCGGCGGCACAAUGCGGCGCACUUUUCGGGCGGCAGCCGCGUCUGGAGCCUAGAGCAGCCGAGCGGCAAGCCGACGACCGAGUCCGUCCGCAGCGACCGACUGCUGGCCAGCCACACGCUUCGUGAGCCCUUUGACGCCCUCUUCCUCCUCGACCGAGAGGUGAAGCACGAGGCGCUGCCUGUGCUGCAGGCCGACGAGGCGGCCGGACCAGCAACCCGUGACGUGCUCACCAUUGAGGUGAGGCGACCACCGCGCUCGGAGGAGGCGCGAGGAGGUACUUGUGAGGGAUAA